CCCACCCCAAACCCCUCCCAGGUAAGCCGGCGCCGGCGGCGAGCAGCGGCGGCCAUGACGACGCGCUUCAAGAAGAACCGCAAGAAGCGCGGCCACGUGUCGGCCGGGCACGGGCGUGUGGGCAAGCACCGCAAGCAUCCUGGAGGUCGCGGUAACGCCGGAGGCAUGCACCACCACCGCAUCCUCUUCGACAAGUACCAUCCCGGCUACUUCGGCAAGGUCGGUAUGCGCUACUUCCACAAGCUCAGCAACAGGUUCUACUGCCCCUCGGUCAACGUCGAGAGGCUCUGGUCGAUGGUGCCCGCCGAGAAGGUGGCCGAGGCGGGUGCCGACAAGGCCCCCGUGCUCGACGUCUCCCAGUUCGGCUACUUCAAGGUGCUCGGCAAGGGCCUGCUCCCCGACAAGCCCAUCGUCGUCAAGGCCAAGCUCAUCUCCAAGAUCGCCGAGAAGAAGAUCAAGGCCGCCGGCGGCGCUGUCGUGCUCGUUGCUUAGGGUUCUGUGCUUUAUUACCCUGCCUUGUCUCUUUAUCCUUGGUUUUGAGAUCUAAAUCUGAACUAGUAGUUGUUUCCUGUCGAAGCUAUUUGUGUUGAACAAGACUUGAUUAGUUCUCUAUCCUGCUUCCCUUGUUGAAAGACAGCGAAUUAUGAGAGUUUUGCAGUAUGUGUUGCCAGAUUAUAUCAUAUAUUUCAGACAUGUCA